UGUCAAUCGAAGAAUAUAACGAAUGAUCAGACAAUUCCUUCUUCAAGGUUCCACCUAUCAAGCCUCAGUUUCAUUUUUCUGGCCUUGACAGUUCUUGGUCUAGAGGAUAACAAAGAUAAUCCAGUUGACGUCCUUCAGGUAAAAGACCUGUUCAUCCAAAAUUACAAAGGACCUUUGACAGCCAAAACCUUCGAACUCUUUCGUGACGUAGAACAUCUUGAACUUAGGAACAACAAUUUUACUACCUUCCACUGGGAUUUCCUUCAUGCCCUUCCAAAUCUCAAAACACUGGAACUGGCAGAGAACAAUAUUAAGGAAGAAGUGGACCACAACAUUACAGGAUGUUGCAACAAACUUGAGAUAAUUUCACUUGUAGAAAGUGGUCUUUCCAAUGUCCAAAACCAUACUUUGAAAAAGAUAGGUACCAUAAAAUCUCUGAAGCAACUCACUUUAAACAAUGAAGAAGUCCCCAUACUCCACAAAAACACCCUUGUCAAUCCUAACUUAGAACGACUAAUCAUCACGGGGUGUCAUCUGAAAAACAUCGAGAACGAUGCUUUUAGCCAGGUCCCGGAGUUGAAAAUUCUCGAUCUAGGCUUCAACAACUUGAUGCAGAUCAAGAAAGAGUAUUUCACUUCUUUGAACAAGCUCAGGGCGAUCAAAUUGAGAGGAAAUUUAUUGGACAAGCUGACCACUGAUAUGAUUACUCCACUACCAAGUUUAGAGGUUCUUUUUAUCAGCUAUAACCCUAUUAAUGAGUUAAACUUGCAGGGCAUCAAAAAGAUUGCUCCGAAACUGAGGAUCGUUGAGAUUACUGCUAUUUAUUUAGAAAAAAUCGAGUCUGGUGGUGUUGAGCUUUCUAGAUAUCCUGUACUGAGAUAUUGAUAAGAUGAAAUCAAUAAAUUUUUUCAUUGUG